AUGGCAGACUAUGUUUUAACUGCCUUGGAAACCACAGGGUCUCAAAUUGCAACCAACUCUAAGUCUAACUGUAAGAGUUGUGCUCGAAGGCAUCAUACCAGCCUUUGUAAGGACAAGCUUAAAAGUCAGCCACUGCCAGAGGAACAGUCAAGACAGGAAGAAAACAUAUACACUGAAAAGAAAGAUACAGCAAUGCUGCAUUCCUCACAUAUACAUACAGAUGGACCUGUACUUCUGAACACCGUCGUUGCCGAGGUACAGGCACACUCUACAUAUUGUGAAGCCAACAUACUUUUCGAUGAAGGAGCUCAGAGAUCUUUUAUCACAGAUAAGCUUUCAAAGAAAUUAAACCUUAGAGUAGCCGGAAGAGAAACACAUUACUUGUCAGGGUUUGGCGAAAAGAACAGACAAGUCAGACAUCUAGAAACUGCGAUGAUAGCACUACGGACUGAAAAUAAAGACAUUGAAAUCAAAGUAUUGAUAGUACCAGAAAUAGCAGUCCCGUUGAAGACAUAUCAAGGUGCCGUUAACAAGCUUCCCUACUUACAAGAUCUCAAAUUAGCACACCCGAUGAACAAAGAUGACAUAUUUGAGAUAACCUUAUUAAUUGGAGCAGAUUAUUAUUGGCGCAUAGUACAAGAUAAAGUUGUGGGAGGAAAUGGUCCUACUGCCGUAAAAUCAAAACUUGGAUAUCUGUUGUCUGGGCCAUUGAAUACAUUUGAAGAUAACCCGCAUCACACAUCCACGACGAAUUUAUUGGCAUCACACGUCAGCGAAGAAAUAGAUCUAGAAAAAUUUUGGAAGAUAGGAUCGCUCGGAAUAGAAACAGAAAAAUGUAAUCAGUCCUAUGAUGAUUAUAUGACAAACUACAAGAAAUCCAGCGUUACAUACAGUGAAGAAGAUAGAAAAUACUACGCAAAAUUACCCUGGAAAGAAAAUCACAAGCCAUUACCGACGAAUGAAAUAAUAUCCAGACGACGAACACGAAAUGUCAUUAACAGACUACAGAGAGAACCAAGUCUUCUAAAGAAAUACGGAGAAAUCAUUGCAGAACAAGAACGACUCGGAUUUAUUGAAAAAGUACCAGACGAUGUCACCUCGCCCAAAAUGCUACAUUAUAUUCCCCACCUCCCGAUUAAGAAAGAUUCAGCGACAACUCCUAUAAGGAUUGUAUAUGACUGUAGCUGCAGAAGUUCACAAGGAUCAGCAAGCUUGAAUGAUUGUCUCCAAGGUACUCCGCCUAUACUGAACGACCUUUCGUCUAUUCUGAUGCAUUUUAGGAUUCACCAGUAUGCUGUCACGACUGACAUAGUAAAAGCAUUUCUGAACGUUGGACUCAGCGAAGAUGAUCGUGACGUCACAAGAUUCUUUUGGUUGAGUGGUCUCGACGACCCGAGCAGUGACUUACAGGUCUACCGUUGUUUCAAAUCCAUGCUGUUUGGUACCACGUGUUCACUCUUUAUUCUAAGCGCCGUAUUACAGAAACAUCUCUCAUCAAAUCAGUGUGCCAUUAGAGAGCAACUUUCAAGGGAUCUUUAUGUUGAUAACAUACUUUCAAGCUUACCUGAUCACGACACUCUAAUGGAAGUUUACCAUUCAAGCAGAGAUAUUUUCAAGGGAGCGGGAUUCAAGCUGAGGUCUUGGGCUUCGAAUUACGAGAUUCUACGUGAAACGGCGAGAUCAGAGAAUGUUGCAGACGACUGCAGAGCUACCAAAGUCCUUGGAAUGGUAUGGAACCCUGAAAGCGACAUCAUCACAUUUGCGAAAAGUAAACGUUGUACAAGCAAUCUGGUCCCUAUGACGAAAAGAGAGUUACUUAAAGAAUCUUCAUCCAUAUACGAUCCAUUAGGAAUACUGAGUCCACUAACAGUUAGAAGUAAAAUAUUGAUGCAGUCGCUAUGGCAACAGAAGCUGGAAUGGGAUGAACCAUUACCUGCCGAAAUAGUCCUCAGAUGGCAUAGCAUGAAAGCAGAUAUUAAUGAGGGAAUCAAAACGGAGCUUCCUAGAUGUUAUUUCUCGAAAGAAUUCAAAGAUUUAACCAAACUGCACGUAUUUACAGAUUCCAGUAUGAAAGCAAACGGCGCAUACGCAUAUAUAAUUUCCGGAAACGAGAGCUCAUUAGUGAUUGCAAAAAACAGAGUUGCUCCGAUAAAGACUUUAACUAUACCAAAACUAGAAUUAAUGGCUGCUGUUGUUGGCGCAAAAUUGGCAGAUCAUAUCCAGAAAAGUAUCCAGUGCACAAAGAUAAUAUUUUGGAGUGACAGCCAAGUAGUACUUAAAUGGCUUACAUCAUCAAAACAACAGAACACAUUCGUAAAUAACAGGAUAAAGAAAAUCAAAGAACUGUCUGGUGAUAGUGAGUGGAGAUACUGCCCCACUGAUUCUAAUCCAACAGAUUUGCUAUCAAGAGGCAUUACCUUCGACAUAUUCCAAAAUAACCAGCUAUGGUUACAUGAACCUUCAUGGUUGAUCAAUGGCGCGAUUACCCCAAUCUACAACACAGUUAACCAUCACAGACGUCGACAAACUAUCAACCAUCUCAAAUGUGACGAAAAUAGAGAAUUUCAGCUCUUACCAUAG